AUGGGAAGAUGUCACAGGUCCUCUGAAAGCGAAGGAGCUCUAGAAAUAAGUUAUGAAGGGGGCAAGGUAUUAUUGAAAAUAGCAAAAAAUCAGUUAAAUAAAAUAAAAAUUAAACCUACUCGUCAAACUCAAAUAAUCAAUAAUUUCCACGAGAUUAUUAGCAUAAUCAAAGAACAAUCACACUAAAGGACUCUCAGCCACUAGUAGUCUCUCCCUGACCUACUACUCAAGUAGAUCAACAGCCAAGAAGAUGCUUCUAUUGAUAUGCACGAGGUGAAAUCUGCUUCUGAUAUGAAAAGAAGUACAAAAUGUUCAAGUGAUGAUCAGAUGUCUGACAGACACUUGAUUAGAAUCUAAUUAAGUGCACAAUCUAAAGAAAGAGACGUGCAGAGCUCAGAAAACUCAACAUCGUCUCUGGAGGCUUCAACCUAGAUAGACACCUCAACAAAGAUCAGAUUAAACCCAGUUAUAGGUCUAGUCAAUCACCAUUCAUUAACCCCUAUCAACUCCUUAUAGAAUAUCACAUCGGCAGCAGAUAUAGACAAAACUGUAAAAAUCAAUGCCUUGGAAGCUGAUUUGAAGUCUAAGCCUCACCUUUAGAACAUAGCUCACCAAGGAGAUCUUAGUAUCCACAUGGGUGAUCGCAAGGAUUAUCUACCACUUAGAUUAAAUGAAAAACAGGACACACAGGAUCUUUGGACGAACUAUGUAUAUAUUUCCUACAAAGCAGAAUGGGAGGGAAUGAUUUUAAGUGAUCAUUUUUUGUGGCCUAAGGUCAAUAAGUCUGUUCAUGACAUGAAAGUAUUUGCAGUUGGACUUUGCAAAUCAUAUAGCAUUUGUGAUUUAGAGAGAAUUAGAUUUGAGGGACUAAGAAUUCGAUUUAAUCUAAUUUGCUUAAGAUAACCUAUAUUGUAAAACUAAUCAAAUUUUAAAAGAUUUUCUCUAGGGCCUUCAAUAAACAAUAGGAUGGGCUAAGAGCAUCUAGUAGAAAUUAGUUUGGAUAUUAGCUGGGACAAAUGGUGCUUGAAAGAUCAAUUUACUUGGGAUAUAUCAAAUCCUGAUAACAGUCCAGAGGACUUUGCCUCCCAAUUAGUCAAUGAUCUUUAACUACCCACAAUUUUCUCCACUUUGGUAUCCCUGUAAAUAAGAAGAUAGAUCCAGAAUUAUGCUUUAAAAUGCGCAUAAGCAUUUAAGGAAAACGCGGCAAAGAGUACUCAAUUUGAGAUGCCUGUCACUUGGACUAAAAUAAAUAAUUGA